AUGGUAGUGACCUACAAAGACAUUUUAUUAACUUUUAUGAAGAGAGAAUAUAUUAUAAUGACUACGUCACUUCCAGAUAUUGACCCCAAUGAUCAGACCAAAUAUUUAAGAUCAAAUGAAAUGUAUCUGGGUAUAAAAUUAACAAACUUUUUGUCGGGUGAUUUAAUUACCCAGAGGCAAGAUUUGCGUAAAUAUUUUUUUGGUAAAUGUCAAAGUUUUCUUAGAACAAGUUGUUUACAGUUAAAAAAACGUUACAAUUUUGAUGAUCCAAUUUUGUCUUUAUUAAGUUGUUUAAGUCUAAAGAUCGCUCUAUCUUCUAUUAAGCGACAAACUUGGCCAUCACUAUUAACUCUUAUGAAUAAAGUACCUCGCAUAAUUGAUAAAACUAAUAUAAAUUUAAUGCAAACUAUUGACGAUCAAUGGCGUACUUUACCACUAAAUAUUCCAGAAAAUUUAAAUGAAGAUAUGGACACUGGUACAUUUUGGAACAAUAUGUAUGUUUCGAAUGAAUUUGAAAAUUCAUGUUUCAAAGAAUUGGCCAAGUUUGCAUUGACUGUACUUUCACUUCCACACUCAAACGCAGAGUGUGAAAGACUGUUCAGUAAAAUAAACAGAACAAAAACCAAGUCCAGAAAUCGUAUGAUAACUGAAACGGUUUCAGCUACAUUAAUGGCUUGUGAAUGUGUAAAAAACAUGAAAUUCAGUUCUAACCGGCAUAAAAAUGAGUAUAAUUGUGUUACAUUUAGACCUCCAAAAGAAAUGAUAAACUUGAUGACUACUACUAACUUGUAUCCAAUAAAAGAGAAUCAAAGUGAUGGAGAUAAUGAUAAUCAAUAUGAUCAAAACUUAUUUUAUUCAAAGUAACUAUUUUUAUAUUAUCAUAUUCAUAUUUAAAAUCCACAUAAAAUGAAGUCUAAUUUAUUGAUGGAAAAGUAAUAUUUUGUUAUUUGAA